UGAACAGCUUCUGGCGGUAGUGAAAUGAAACUGUUGGAGUCUAAAUGUUGAGCAUUUAAAUCAAGUGUUUGAUUGUCAGGCUUUUGACUUGUAGUAUUUCGUUUUAAUCAUUCUACUUCGUUUAUAUGAUAAAGUACUGAUACUGAGUUGAAAGGGUUUAGGCAGCCCAAAUACACUCACUGUGAUAUGGAUAAUUUAAUGAUAAAUGUUGGCUCCUUGUGAUCUCACUUCUUUGAUCAAUUUUCUGUUAUAGUAUUCUUAUUUUGCAUGUUAAGGUGUUAAAGCCUGGAUUAUAUUCAAUUGUUAAUCAACCAAUCAACUAAUACCAUUCUGCUGUAAACAUUGGUGACUUAAAUUUUUUCUUUUACUUUAUCCAAUCGAAACCAUUGGGGUUUUAACGAUAUUUAGACCAAGCAUAAUCCAUGACAUUAUGUCGAAUAAUAAGAGUAACUUGGUUACAGCUGUUGGUCAAAAAUGGCUUGAAGUUCUCGAGAAAGAGUUUGACAAAGCAUUCGUCGACCUGGACCUUAUAGUAGGACAAUUUGAAGAUGAAUCCAAUGACCUCGUGUUUGAGGCCCGACAGCGAAUGGCUAAUAUGUCCUCCGUCUUUGCUCAAUUAGUUCACAAAACAGCUGUUGUAUUUGAGAAUAACAGCAAACUAGAAAUGGACUACCACUCGCUUUGGCAACAAUUAAUCAAAACAGAUAGUGAAAAAAGACUGCUGGAAUGCAAGCUAGCUGAUAAAUCAGCACAUUUAGCUGUUAUUUCUGAUACCUAUCACAGUAAACGCAGAUCAGGUGAGACAAGAUCCGUGAGAGCGCCUUUAUCUCUAUCAAACCACAGCGAUAAAGCAAAAGAGUCUUCAGAUGAGGUGAUUUUUCCCGCUAUUCAUGCCCAACAAGAGAUUAAAGCCUUGCGAAAAGAGAAUACCUCUCUUCGAAAAUACUUAUUGUGUAUCGAAAGUGAACUAUUUGGAGCUCGUUUAGCAGCAAAAUAUCUUGAUAAAGAGCUGUCUGGACGGAUACAACAAAUACAAUUGCUAGGUAAAUCAGAUUUGAAAGGACAAGAACAGGAUAGAGUUUGGAAUCAAUUGGAGGCAGAAAUUCAUCUACAUCGUCACAAAACUGUUGUUCGUCAUUGCAGAGCCGCUAACAGUGAUGCUCAAUUGCGUUUUAACAAUUCAAAAGUACCACCAGGACAUGAAUGGCCAUUAUUAAGGAAACGUAAAGGGAUCGGUGAUAUACGAGAUGUUGUUAUAGAACGUGAUAUGAAUGAAAGUUUAGGUAUUUCCAUUACCGGAGGAAAAGAACAUGGAGUUCCUGUUUUAAUCUCAGAGAUUCAUCCCAAUACUCCAGCGUCACGUUGUGGUCAAUUAUAUGUGGGUGAUGCUAUCUUUAACGUUAAUGGUAUUGAUUUAAGAUCUGUAAAGCAUGAAGAAGCCGCUGAAAUACUUUCAAAUGAAAGAGGUAAUUGCAGUUUACAGGUAGUUUUUGUCUCUCCGGACGAAGACGACGAAGAAGAAGAGGAAACAAAAUAUCCUUACUUUGACCCUGAGAUUGUAUCUAAAGUUGAUCUAAAUGAUAGUUUCAAUUCCAAUAAUGGAGAUGGAGAAACAAGUGGAGUUGAACAUGAAUCUGGGGACAGUGAUGGGGCCAUUUCUUCUGUUACCGAUACUUUUUCCCCGUCGCCUAGCAAAUUUUAUCCAGGCGUAGCUAAGCUAUGCGUCGAUGUUAAAGAGAAUGGAUUUGGCCAUGGCGAUCUUCCGAAUGUUAUUCAAAAGAAAGAAAAUCCAAAAUUUUCACAGCCUAUUACGUCAACUUUUACCAACUCUAAAAAAGAAACACUCAUUGAAUAAGAAGCAACAAACUAAUAAGUAUUAUUAUUAAUAUUUAUAUUUUCAAAGAAAAAUUAAAAUGGAUUUGUUAUGAUUUAUUUA